CCUUGCUUCCAAAUGCUUCUCUUCGAUGUCUUCUUCCUCUCUACCAAUCUGCAUUUACUACAUGUUGGCCAAACCACAACAAGCUCAACAACCUUCACUCGAAGGAGUUUCGUCUCAAUGGAUCCUCUCCAACACCAACUAAGUUCCUAGCCGAGAUCGGCCAGGCUUUGCCGUUCGUUGUGCUCCACUGGGCCAGCCAUGGCUGCUGAGCCGAAAGUUUCUUCUGUGGAUGCCCUCACUAUGCAACCGAUUCAGAUUCUUCCCUAGAAGUCCCAAGGGAGACAAAUCCCUUGACCAUGGAUGUCACCAGCACUGUGAGAUCAAUGAGACCAAUUCCUCAAAGAUUCUGCUGCUACGACGGAUGAGGUUUCUGCCGUCUUCCCCUGACCCCUCGUCAACCGAGGCAACACUACCAACUACCUUACCCCUUACGGGUACCACAGCCCUAGCCUGGAAAACAAUUCCCACGCGCCAUGAAAUGACGUCGGGUGGAUUGGCAUUCAGCGGAGCCCAGACAGAUACUGCCAAUCGCCGCCCAGUAUCGGGUGGCUCGACAGCAGGUUCGAUCGAGCCGGUGGGGCCCACAUGCCUCGAGAUGGGCUGUCAAGGAGCUUCGGCUAUCCAAAUCUUCUCGGCCCUCGUGGCCUGUUGCCUGGGGUUGGCCUUCCCAGGCACCUUGUUUGGAUCUCUCUUGAAGGUUGCAUCCAUUUCACUCUCGUUUGCUCAAGCAUAUCCUCUUUGUCUUGUUCUGUCGCUCGUUACAACUUUAGAUUUUCUUUCUUUCUCACUUCUUUACCCCUGAUAUUCGCCCAUGAUUAAGACAGAGGAAGAAUCGUCUUCUGGUCCAUACCAUCAGAUGGAAGAUGAGCACAAUUUGUCGGAACAAGCUGUGGGCAAAGAUGCACCUCCAGUCGCAGCGGAGGACGAUUCUCCGGCCGACCAUCAGAGCAAGCAAAGGAUCGCAAUCGUGAUGGCGGCACUCAGUGUAUGUG